AUGUCAGACCCAUUCCAAAUAGAUGACGAUGAUAUGGUUAUCGAACCAGACCAUUUAGUGAACAAGAACACGUCAAGCGCACAUGAUUCAAUGCAGGAUGUUGAGUUUAAUGCAGAUACAUCUGUAUCUGGAAAUAUGACAACACAACCAGCCAGUUCACCCAAAAAAUCAUAUAAUGGAGGUCCUUUCUCCCUCAAUUAUUACAGAAGAUACUUUGAUAUAAGCACUUUAGAUUUCUUCAAGAGUUGUUACAGAAGUCUCAAUCCAUUGAGUAAACUGGACAGCUAUGAAUUUCAAGAGGUCGGAGAUUUGUAUGGCCCGAUUUGGGUCACCGCUACACUUAUAUUCUUGCUAUUCUUCUGUAAUUCAUUUGCCGAACUUUUAUCCUCCUUGGGUCAUUCAAAGGAUGAUAAAGACGUUGUCAUACAUGUCAAUUAUUUCAAAAUUAUAUUAUCAUCGAUUAACCUUUUAUACGGUUAUACAUUCCUUGUUCCAACCGUGUUAUGGGCUGUUCUCAAAUUUUACUUGAAGGUGGCAGACCUUGCACCCCUAACCAGGUUUAUCUCCAUAUACGCUUAUGCCAAUCUUCUGUGGGUUCCAGCCGCAGUUUUAUCUAUAUUUAGAGGAUUGUUAUCUUCUCAUCGCUUUCUUGAUGGAUGUCUCAAAUGGGGAUGUAUCCUUCUUGGCUGUGUUCUCAGUGGAUGUAGUAUUUUAGUGAAACUGAAUCAAUAUUUUCACAUAGUGUUUUCAAACGAGAAUGCUGAAGAGCAAAAGAAGCAUAUACUACUCCUCAUGAGUCUUUUAGCUAUACCUCAUUUAGGAUUCGCAUUGGCUGUUAAAGUUGCCUUUUUCGGCACUCUUUAA